AUUUGAGCACGUUCUAGCCCGUGGAAAACAAAUAGCCCAUGUAUCCUACCCACAUCACGUCAGAAAUAUUAUCCUCCAUCGUGCACCCUAUUUGCCCCAUCCAGCCGCCGCUCCCAACCCAGUCCACCAGCCAGCCGCCGGCGCGACGCUACUACUCCCCGGACUAUCCCUCGGCUAACCACCGCCAUGUUGAUCGCUCCCUGGCCAGUCUUCCGGUCAGCCUCCGCCAUGCCCGACGCUCUCUUGGCCAGAUGGCGGCGCCGCGACCGAGGCUCCUCAGCCUCCUGCCACCACCACCGCGACCGAGGCUCCUCCACAUGCCGUCGCCGCAACGACCGACGAUCUCCCGUGCAUUAAUUCUCUUCCCGCUACCGCUCUAUAGCCACCACUACCCUUCUGCCUCCACGGCAUGCGGAAGAAAGUGGGUUUAAAUACCCCUAUGUAGUGCCAUCGUCAUCACAGACGCCUUCUCGCGUCCCAUCUGGAAAGAGGCCUCCGGCCUGGUUGCGUUUCAGAUCAAAGGUGCUCUGCUCCAUGUUAUGCUUCAAACAUCUCUUGCCGCUGGGAAUUGUUUCAUUACUUCACAGGUCUCUUACUCUCUUUGCAUUUUUCCAGAUUGUGCCUUACUCUUACUUUGUCAUGUGCAGGAAUGAUAGACUACUAAUAUGAAAAAUUAGGCUUUCAAUUUUCGUGGUACUUGCUAUAGUUCUUCUAGAUACAUAUUGCUCAUCCAAAAAAACUCUCUUUGUUGCCCAUAUUAUUAUACCUGAAUCACUGCCAAUAGGUACUAGAUGAACUAACCGGAAAGAGGCAAGGGGUAUCGAUUCAUGUUUGCAUGUUGUUGAAGAGUAUCAUGGAAUUGGAUAUGGGCUUUUCUCAUGUUGUUGUAACUUAGAUUACCAAUCACUUUUACUCUGUAGGAAAAUUUUUUAUCCCUUUCAUGUUGACCAUUUAUAAUUGUUCAUCUCCCUUAUACCGUAGAAACAAGAUUAUCUUAGUUUUCUUCUGGGUUGGAUAGUUCAAUUAGUUAUUCGUAAAAAAAUGGAUAGUUAAAUUAGUUAAAUGAUUAUAUGUGCAUGAGUAUGUUUGUUAGCAAUGCAACAUAUGUCUUUUUUUAAUUUAAGACAGACUGUGGUGUUCAUGUUGAUUCUAUCAACAUUUUUGUUAUCCUCCUUCUGCACUCCCCUAGAUUGCACUCCUAGAUCGCAAGGUGUCGGGCAUUUUGCUUCAUAGAUAUCUUGCUACUUGCAUUGGUAAGCACAUACUCAUCUCUAAAUUUAAUUGUUUACACAUGAUGAGCAUACACAACUUAUAUUUCUUUCCAUGCAUAUUACGUACCAUUGAAUUUCUUCCCCUGAAUUAUUAUGUGCAUUGCGUUUGUUCAAAACAUAUAGGCUAUAAUCUUCUUCCUUUUAAGGCGAUUGAGUGCAUAUGGUUUACAAAGAUGGAUGGUGCCAAAUAUUCUUCGAUGCAUCUUCGUAGGCAUUUAGUCUCAUGCAGUCAUGGACACCCCCACCAUCAGUCAUUACAUGUUGUCACCCCUGAAAUGAACCAAUCUACUGCUUCAACACAAGUGUGUAGACAACAUAGAAAUAGAGGUUAGUUAGGAUAAAGUACUGCAAAUUACCCUCAAGAUUUCUAUGAACGGACCACUGUAUUAGAGAAUGGUUUCACACAUUGUGCAAUAAAAAUGGACUUGGCAUUACUAACACAUUAGUUGUUCCUCAUAAUGUCCACUGCAGGCAUGUGCAGAUAUCUUUUCAAGUAGAAUCAGAAAAGAAAAAUCUUUUCAAGUAUGUGACAAAAUGAUUUGAUUGUACCAGAUAAAAAAUGGAGUCUAAUGCUAGGUCAUCCUUUUCACCAAGUGAAACGGCCAAUGAAAUAGAUAUUCAUCGAGAGUGUCGCUAUAUUGCACCAAAUGAGGCUGUUUGGCGCUUGCCUAAGUAUGACAUUCACCAUACAUACCCGUCCACAGAAAGACUCCCUGUUAUUCUUGCUGGAAUGAAGAUUGAUUCAGUACCUCAGAUCCCCAAAGGUCAUGUCAUAAAGAAAAGCUUCUCUAUCGCUAAUGCACAAGUGUUGCCCUCUACAAAGCCAUCUCCAAUCAAAGAAUUGACGACCCAUUCAUCUUCAAUUAUAAUAAUCGAGAGUCCAAUGAUCCAAUCACCAGAGGACUCAAACAACACUACAUAUCCCUCUUGCCUAGCGGCAGAUAUUGACACUGAGGAAAAACAAAACAAGCACUCUUUAGCUAAAAGGAUCACUGAAUUUGCGGAAGAUGAAACUACCAACAAAGAGAGUCAAAAGGAGGUAGAUCUUGAGGCCGCAGAAUUUCAUCUUCAAGUUGUCAAAAAGCAUAAACAAGACUGCAAGACAACAUUGCAGACAACAACAUGAAAAUGAACAACUUAAACGGCCAUGAGGAUAAACACCAAUAGAAGCAUAGGUACUGUAAAUUUCAUGUCCAAACAAAAUUAUCUACAGUUUUGGUUUCUCUCCUCUAGCCUGAAUAGAGGAGGAUAACUGUAUCAAUAGUGCUCUCUUUUUACAACAUGCAGGAUAUCGUCAAAAACUCACUCAAGCAGCAACAAGCUACACUGCCUUAUGUUUAAAUUAGUUAUAUUGUGUUGUAAUCUCUCUCAUUAGUAUUACUUCUGGGUGAUCCUAUGCAUGUAAUGAGUUAUGGAUAGUGCUUAUGCAACUAUAUACGGACUGGAUUACAUUGCUUUCUAUUUACAUAUAGUUAUAUUAUGGCUCA